GGAGACUGGAAAUACUAUACUGGACAUAUGUAACUUGAAACAGCGUGGGCCAAUCAGGCAGUGACGGGACCAGUUCCUCCGCCCCACCCCACCAAUGGACCGAAGGUAGAGGGCUACGACGCUGCAGGCUUACUCGGUCUCUGGCCUCUCUGAGAGUGACUGCCCCGAGGGGGCCUGUCUGUGGACGUCUGUGACUUGUUGUGCGACCUGGGGAUCUCUGUACCUGUCCAUCUCCACAGCGGCACGGAUGCCAAACACCACAUGGCCCCUUUGUCUCGCUUUUUGGAUGGGAGACGCUGUAAAGUUUCCUGGGAGUUGCAAAGACAUGGAGGUGGGGAAUCUGACGGAGACGUGGUACCAAAGCCUGCAGUCAAUGCUGAAGGCCCUGAACCAAACGCUUCACGGUGCCAUCCUGUGCCCUCCAGACCAGGCCAUGGGGCGGACAAAUGGCAGUCACGUCAAGCUAGCCAGCAAGGACGACUAUUCCUACAUGUACAUCUUGUUCGUGAUGAUCCUGUUUGCCGUCACGGUGGGGAGUUUGAUUCUGGGGUACACCAAGUCCAGGAAGGUGGACAAGCGGAGUGAUCCCUACCACAUAUACAUUAAGAACAGGGUGUCUAUGAUCUGAGCAGGGCAGGGACACUGUUGCAAGGACAUGCACAGCUACUGGCAUCUGCCUCCUGUAGCAGGAGAAACUCUUUUCCCUGAUCCAGUCAAAUUCUUCUCGGAGGGGCUGACACACAGCUCUGUCUUGCUAAGGGACAGCCACGUGGACACAUUUAGUGCAGAGGAGCAGUAGCAGGCAUGAUCUUGCACACAGGCAGAGAGCGCCAGACCUUAGAGGCCACAGAAUGGUCAGGUGACAGCUCUGGACACUUGCUAACAGGCCCAUCUUGGAUCACGCUGCACCAGUUGUGAAGUUCCCACCUACCU